UAGAUUGGGUCUUCUGGACGAUAAAACUGAAGUACCUUUAUAAGACGGGGUUUCUCCUUGUUUCUUAAAGUGCUGUUGUGCCGCUGAGAUGCAGGCUCGGAUGGGGUUGUUGCUUUUCACCCUGUGCUGCGGGGUCGCCCUAGCGGCGGCUGCGGGCGUGGCGGAGCAGAAGGACAGCCGCACCACCGGUGACCCGGCGGAAAAGCGGAUGGACAGAUACCGUGCAGUCCAAAUAAGAGUCUGUCUGCAGCUUGCAGAAGAUGAGGAAUGUGAUACCUUUGCGUGUCUGAAAAACAUGACCUGUGAUGUAGAAGACGACUUGAAUGAAAUCUGCCUGGACUACAUGCAGACUGCAACCAAUCUUGAUUCACAUGGAAAACAAUUCACCAAAGACAUCCUGAAGUGCAGUGCCCUUGGGAUCAAGUCCAGAUUCAGCAGCAGUAACACCAGUUGUAGAGCAUUGCAAAGGAUGCUAAUCUCUGUGCAAGCAGAAUGCUACCGGCUACAUAACAUCUGUCCUGUAACAGAAACGAAUCUGGAACACUUAGUAAACAUGAUAGAUCUUCACAAAUUACUCUUCAAUGCGGCCUACGUGGAAUAUGUGAGGGGCCUUUUUGACUGUGGGGAAAAAGUUAUUGCUGCCAUACGAAGUCAUCUACAAGUUCAACUUGGUCCAACUUUGGAGAUUUUUAGGCAUUUAUGGCAACAGUCUUGCACUAGGGAGAGUACAACCCCAGCAACUGUUUCUGUAGACAUUAAUAUAACAGAUGAAACCAUUCAAAGAGGCAACUGGAAGUGAGGAAACUAUGGAGCCUGGGUAGUUUUAAAUAUUGUGGGAUACAGUAAUGAUAAGAUGUAAGUGCAUUUGAUCUUUCCCCAUGAGUCUGGUGUUAAUAUUUCGUUCCUUACGAGAAUGAUCAAAACUCCUAAAAUUAGCACUUGAUCCUCAUCAAAUAUCACUAAUUACUGUAGAUGGUCAUUUGGAUAUUUUAUCACUGUGUAUCUGAUUCUGAUUGUAUUACUUGUAAACUUUGUAGGAACUGGAAAAAAAGUUGUAGGAAUAUUGUAGAAAUGUUUAUUUUUACUUCUUGAAUCUAUUAAACUUGAAAAGGAACCAGUA